GCUAGUUCUGGUCGCCCCAUUGCAGGAAUGAUAUGGAGACUUCAGAGAGGAUUUGAGGGUUCCCAGAAUGAUGCCUGGAUCAGGGGCUAUUUGCUUCAGGGAGAGGUUGCACAGACUUGGAUUGUUCUCUCUGGAACACCGACGGAUGAGAAUGGAGAAGGCAGUGAUGUUGAAGAGGUGGAGGUUCUGUCUGAAGACUCGCUGCAGUCAUCGGAUGAAGAGAGUGAGGAGCCUGAGACUGCUGAGGCUGAGGCUGAUGUAGGAGAGGAAGGCAGAGUUGUCCCCUCAGGAGAGAGACGGGAGCGGGUGGGAGCCGAGGACAGUCCCAGCUGCACAGGAGACGGUGGUGAGCCGGAGCAGCAGGGCAUGGUAGACGGGCACGGUGCUGAGAGUGUCGGCAACAGUCCAGCAGCCACGGACCGGGACCUGCGAGCUGUUGGUCAACCGGUCAGGCAGGCUAAGAGAAGUCGAGCAGACUCCAGUGGGCAGAAAGAGGAGGCAGCAACACCUCUGUCUGAAGCCUGUGAAGACAUCUCAGCUGAUGAGCAGAAAUCAGUCACCAGUUUGUCCACACGUACGUGCGAUACAGGAACUAUGGCAUGUUCUGAGGCACAACCUUUGACACUGAAAGAUGAUGCAAACUUGGACAAAACACCCAUCAAGAAAGAGAAUUCGUUGCAAACUGACAGACAGGUUUCUGGGCUAACUGUAGUUAAUGGACAAGAUCGGGAUUCAGUCCUCGACAACUCACCAGUUGCAAAGAGAAUAAAACGAGAUGGUGCCGUGGUCCAGAGCAGGAACGUGGAGGUGAUUGAACUGAUGGAGACUGAGGAGGAGCCGGACUGCACGCCCUGUCUCCCUGGAGACGAGAGCCCACUCCCCGCUGUUGAUUCGACCCAAGCCGAUUCCCCGCUGGUCAGUGUCGUCACCAGCUCCCAGACCAGCCCUGCAAGGCACAAGAGGGUGAACGUGGCAACGCAAUGUGAUCCUGAAGAAAUCAUCAUCUUAUCUGACUCUGACUGACACAGGGCUGAGUCCCUGGGUCACAGACAGUACAUCAAGGAAACAAAGCUGUGGAGGUUUCAAAUAGCAGAAGCAUUGCAGGACAUAUGCUGCUGAGAAAUGUAUUCUAUUAUUUGGGGCGAGUGCUGAUGGGGUCAGAAGCUUCUCUUGUCCACUGGCCUGAAGCCCAAUUUACUUCUCUAGGGAGUGGGGCAUGGGAGAAACCUAUCCUGUGUUAUAGGUUGUUUUAAAAAUGUGUACAGAUGAAUUGUGUGCCGAUGCACAUGCUGGAAGGAGCAGGACAACGAGCGGGCAGUUCCCAGAUCAGAGGUGGCAGAACUUGCAUUAAAUGUCGGAAAUUUGUCAACUGAUCUUCACACUUCCCAAAAGCUCAGUGGUCUGCGCAGUGGAAUCCUGCAGAAGGUAAUUAAAUGAUGAUUUUCCCCGAUUGGAAAUCUAACUUCACAGAAAUAAUUGGAAUAACUUGCAAGGAAGUUCAGAUUUCAAAGUUGGUUGACUCUUAAGAUUUAUUCCUGCGAGGCCUCUCUGCGCUGCACUGCGCUGCAGGCAGCUCGCCCCCACAGUGGGGGUCCCACAAGGUCGGGUGUGAGCUGUGCUGGUCUUGGCUCAACCCUGGGCUGUCCCGUCCCAUCCCGUCCGCUCCCAUCACCCUGCCCAUCAGUGGGAAGCAGGUGCCUUCUGUCUUGUGCAAGCCGACCUCUCUGGGCUGAGGUGCUCUCUAAUCUACAGAUCCUUUAACCAGUGGCAAUGGGUGGUGGUAUCAUCGCUUGCCUCAGGGUUGGAUGUGAAGUUGCUUUUCCAUUCUCUGUUUCACUUUUUAAAUGCAGAGUUUACUGCACUAAAGUUAUGUAUUAAAACCUAAAAUAAAAAAAGCUAAAUUUUUGGUCAUGAAGCAGAUUGACGUGA